GCAGAGUACGCACUCUGGAAUGACAUGCAUUCCUCCUUGAAGGGAGCUGGCAUGGGAGUUUAUGUAUGAGAAUCGCCAAGUUGCCUCGGCCAGGAGUACAAGAAGAACAGGAGCGGCUGCGCUUUGACUUGACACCUAUGGCCGGUUCCUGAGGAUCUCUGGCUUCAGCGCUCUGCUUCUCCGGACUCCAAACAGAAGUUUCCUUUGCCUCCAGAAGUCGACUCGUCAUCUUUUGAAAGGCCAAUGUCUGCUUCCCGAAUACGCUCCCUCUUGUCUUUCUUUUUUCUCUGAGCUGCCUUGAAGAAUCUAAUAAUGGGGCAGACGCGCUACUCAAGACCGGUAUAUCCAGCUCCCUCGGUUGAGGAAGUGGAUCAUCCGCUGAACGAUGGCGGGACAACGGGAGCCGACGCUCUGGAAUCCGGCGACACUACACCUCCUUCCAAGAGGAAAAGCAAAUUCGCAGGGUUUGGCAAGAUCUUUAAACCUUGGAAGUGGCGGAAAAAGAAAACCAGCGGCAAGUUCAAAGAGACUUCAGAAGUUUUAGAACGAAAGAUUUCAAUGCGAAAGCCAAGAGCGGAGCUCAUUGAAAGAGGGGUUCUGUUUGAAGACCCUGAACAGGAUGGAGAAGAGCCGGACAAAAUCAGCCACACGGCGCUGAAAAAUGGACACACAAUCCCCUGUUCUGGGAUCGCUGGCCUAGGACACCUGGAGGAAGAACCAGAGAGAAAGGCAAGCCUUAAGAAGCCUGUUCUACCAGAGGAACCAAAGAAAUCGCAAGGAUCAUCUGGUGGUCUCCUCAAUUCAGAACUGGCAUCCCAUCCUGAAUCUCAUGCUCCCAGGCAACCUUUGCUUCCUCCAAAACGGCCAUUGUCACAGCCCACUUCUCCAGAUGCGAGCAACACCCAUGUGCCGGAUCUUGUCCCUACCAGCAUUGCAAGGACUAUGCCUUCCUCCACAGCGGCAGCAACCGCCAGUGCAGCAAAGGGGGCCAAUUAUUCCACCGCUCCUUCCCCUGCCCCCAGGACUGUGCCCUCUGCUCACACAAAUGCUUACACUACCGUUCCCACGAGUGCUACCAGCACAGUCCCUGCCAAGCAGCCCCCCAUCCCACCUCCAAAGCCAGUUAAUAGGAAUAGCAACCCUCUAAUAGUUGAGUUGUCUCAAGCAAUCAGUAGUGGCUCGAAACCUUCUCCGCCUUUGCCUCCAAAAAGAGGCAUCCCGCUUCACGUGCCGUCAUCGCUCGAAAUGGCCGCCGUCCCCAAGUCGCCCAGUGAAAGGAUCGUGCCGUCAUCCCAUCGCCCCUCCUCGAUACCAGGGCAUCUGUCGCCUCAACCGCCACCCUCUCCAUCACCCCCUCCACCUGCUCACAUUCCUCCUGACCCCCACUACGUUCCACUGCCUGCUUCCGUCCACGAGGCUGGCCUCCCGCUUUCACCUGAACUGCUGACGGAGGCCCACCAAGACGGGUUCUUGAGUCUGGAGGCAGCCAGGAGGGCGGCCGAGCAGGGCUUUGGAGAGCCUCAUGUGCCUCCCCGGCUGCCCCAGCUCCCUCUGCACAUCCUCAUCCAGCAGGCUUUGACAAGCCCCCUGCCAGCCACUCCACCAGGGGAAGGGUCACACAGGGCUCACUCGCUGCUUUUUGAGAACAAAGGCCCCUUUGAGGAAAACGGCACUGUCGGCAGGACAAGGUCGCUCCCGGUUACCAUCGAGAUGCUGAAAGUUCCAGAUGAUGAUGACGAGGCGGAGGACGUCCAAGAAGACGAGCACCAUUCCAGUUCCCACGUUUACAUUGGGGAAGACCCCACAGUCACGGUCAUUCCAAGGCUAGUGCUGCAGACAGUGCAGGAUGAAGAAGAGGGGCCCAGUGACUCGGACUCCGAGGGACCUGUCCUGUACAAGGAGGACUCAGAGGAAGAUGACGAUGACGAAAGCCAUAACAGUGCACUAGCCAACAAGGUCAAGAGAAAAGAUACCCUUGCCAUGAAACUCGGCAACAUGGCUCCACGGCAGGAAUUCCAAGAAGGGAACACUUUUCCUCGGAAGACCAAAGAGGAGUGGAAUGAAAUCCGACAACAGAUUGGGACGACGUUGAUCAGGCGGUUAAGUCAAAGACCAACAGCAGAAGAGCUGGAGCAAAGGAACAUCCUUCAGCCAAAAAAUGAGGCUGACCGGCAGGCAGAAAAGCGGGAAAUCAAACGGAGGCUCACCAGAAAGCUUAGCCAAAGGCCCACAGUGGCUGAACUGCAGGCAAGGAAGAUCCUGAGGUUCAAUGAGUACGUUGAAGUAACGGAUGCUCAGGACUACGACAGGCGAGCUGACAAGCCCUGGACGAAAUUAACACCUGCUGACAAGGCCGCUAUCCGGAAAGAGCUGAACGAAUUCAAAAGCUCUGAAAUGGAAGUCCAUGAAGAGAGCAAGCAAUUCACUCGGUAUCAUCGGCCAUGAACGUGGUUUUUUUAAAAAAAUUAAAUAAAGCAAUACCAUCAGAAGAGGAGAGGAUUGCAGUGUUUGCUGUGUUAUCCCAAUGAGGAGGAACCCUGAAGUUUGCCCCAGAUUUGCCGUCAUAACAUAUCCAGGAGCUGACUUUCUGCUGGGAAUGGAAAGUGUGUAUGUGUAGGGUUAGGACCUUCUUCAGAAGUAGCAUAACGUCCGGAAGGAAUUUGUCUCAAGUGCCAUCAGAUCACAACGGGAAAACAGAAUCAACAUCGAAACACUAUACCUCAUACAAUCAGCAAUACUGCUUGCAGUCCGAGAUUAGCCUCCUGACUUGGAUUUGCCAUGCGUGGCUCCAUCAUAAGAACAGGGAAUGUGCCCCCUUCAGUUCCUGUUCUGCACUCUCUGGCUACGUUGUCUACUGUAAAUAUGUCCUGCAAACUGUUUAAUAACUGCUUUGUCAAGGACAAAAGAAGAUUGGAGCUCUUACCAAGAGACCUGGAGCUAGCAAAUUGGGACUGUGUAUGUGUAUAUAUGCAUAUGUUUGUGUUGUGUGUUCGCUGUGUACAAAUGAAACUCAAAAACCCAGUACCAUUCUAGCAGGAAGCUGACACAUUACUAUUUUAUGGGUUUUUUGGUGUACUUAAUAUGCAAAAUCACUACUGACCAAUUUUUUCUGUUGUCCUAUGGCGAAAUUAUAUAGGGUUUUUUUUAAUGGCACAUACUGAGUCUUGUAAAAAAUCCCUCCCCCCCCCCGGCAGCAAAAACAGCAUUCUUCAAACCUGCUGUGAAGAAACCUCACUUUUAAAAAAAUAAUACUUCCACCUGUUUAACAGGAGCCUAAAAUGAGUUGCCUUGGGGAAGCAGUGGCAUGGAAUAUACUGUAAUUAUUUUUUUAAGUCAUAGCUUCCUCUUUUUCUUCUUUUUUUAAAAGAAUGAUUUUUCAAAACCGGAGUAAAACUUGCCUUUUCUUAAUCCUGUAGCAGAAUUUUAUUUGAAGGUUCUAAAGUUUAUUUUUUUCAGAAAAAGGGCUUAAAAUCUGACUUUUUAAAAUGACAAGAAGCAAAUGGGGCACCCCGUCUUCUUUUUUUGUUUUUAAAAACAGCUUUUAUGGAAUGACCCAAAAUGAUGCCCAGAGGCACUGCAGGGAUGGGAAGGCAAAGGGUGUGGGGGAGAUGACUUGAUGAACAUGGGGCUUGGGAUGGGGGCUGUUUUAAAGUUAAUGGUUCUGUUUCAAUCACUGGUUCCUGGCUAUAUUUCCACCUUCCCUGUUCUCACUUCACUUGCGUUAUCAAUGGUUAUGGGUGUAGACGCAAGUCCGUAUUGACUGCUAGCUUGUCUCACCCAGCUAUAGAUGUCCCACGCAACCCUGAGCUGGAUGGCUUUAAGAAAAGAGGCCUUGAUGUGCUUAUAUUGCCAUUCAUUCCCCCAUCUGCCAGGCACAUGGGGGGAGCAGGACCAUCCAAUGUGAGAGAGGGGACAGGCCUCCUUGAAUCUUUCAGUAGCCACAUCAGAUGGGAUUUAAUUAUGUAGUUGUUUUCCAGCUUGCCCAUGGAUGAGAGAGGCUGCCACCAGAUGAAAUUCUCUUUGCUAUGCAAUUCUCUUUAUCUCAUAUUUAAAGAUUCACAUGCCCUAGCCUCCUAGCUGGAUUAAGUUACCUUACUGGAGACCAAGGCUUGGAAACCCCAAGUGCUGUCGUUACGCCUCUGACUUUUCCCACCUUCCUUCAUCUUUGAACCUCUUUCUGUUCUCCCUCUCCUACACUAUUCCUGGUUCUGAGCAGCAAAUCACUGUGAGACUAUUUCCCAUGGGGUGGAGGAGUGCGGCUUGCCUUUUCUCUCUAUCAUAAUCCUUAAGAACAAGGUGCAGAGAAAGAGAGAGAGGCUCUCAUGUGUAGAAAACACUUGGGUGCUGGUGCACUCUGGAUCCAAAUGGCUUUCAUGAUGUAUAAAAUAUCUCCGUAGAGGAAAUCAUUGCAUUGUAUAUCUGUCUUCCUAUCAACAAAAUUUUAUGAAAUAAAAUUAUUUUAGGAAUUUUUUUUUUAGAACAAA